CCCGGAUGUUUUUUCGGUCCGGCGAGUUCUGGUACAAGCGAAAAAGCCUUCCGCUCAACGAAGGAAUUGAUUUAGCCGUAGGACUGAGAAUGGCUAUGCCCGCGGGAAGAUCGGUUGUUUUCGUGACUGGAAAUGCAAAGAAAUUAGAAGAGGUCAUUCAGAUCCUAGGAGACAAGUUUCCCUAUAAACUAGAGUCCAAGAAGAUUGAUUUGCCUGAAUACCAAGGAGAACCCGAUGAGAUUUCCAUACAGAAGUGUAAGGAAGCAGUGAACCAGGUGGACGGCCCUGUGAUAGUGGAGGAUACCUGUCUGUGUUUCAGAGCCCUGGGAGGACUGCCUGGACCCUACAUUAAAUGGUUCCUGGAUAAACUGAAGCCUGAAGGUCUGCAUAAGCUCCUGGCCGGCUUUGAGGAUAAAUCUGCCUGGGCUCUCUGCACGUUCGCCUUCUGCGCUGGAAAACAGGAACCCGUGCAGCUCUUCAGGGGGAUAACAGAGGGCCGUAUUGUAGAGCCCAGAGGCCUUCGAGACUUCGGAUGGGACCCCUGUUUCCAACCUGAUGGUUACGACAAAACCUAUGCUGAACUGCCCAAGGAGGUGAAGAACUCGAUCUCUCACAGAUAUCGAGCUCUGUCGGCCAUGUCUGAACACUUCUGCUCUCAGGCCAAAGACGAAACCCCUCAGGGCAAGAAGAAGAAGCAAGAUGACUGACCAGCAUCAGCCAAUCCAAGAUGGAAGAACCAGAGAUUCACCCAUGGAGUCUGUACAGGUUUCUGCUGAGUCUGCUGAUACAGGGCUGAAUAGUGGACAGUUACUGUUAGUUUUUUUUUUAUAAGAGACUGAUCCUACUGUAUUCUUAUAUUUUAAUAUUUGUGCAUGUAAAACUUAUAUCCCUAGUGACCAUCAGGAUUCCUCUCCCGAAAGUUCUGAUCAGACUGUUCCAUCCACCUACUGGUUUGAAUAAAUUUGUUUUUGUGC